AUGAGGAAGAGAGGCAAGAAUGCCAAAAAGGGGAGCCCCAAAAUUGCUUCGCUUGGCACUGCGAACGCCGCAACCUGCGUAACCCCCGCUAACGCCGCCAACCCACAUGGCAACAUUCCCGGAGUCAACUUCAGCCGCAUAAAGAGCUCCUACUUGGAAGAGGCGCUAAAGCUGACAAACACAGAAAGCGUGAAACAAAAGUUAAAACGAAAAAAUGAUGAACUUAGGGGAAUGAUCAGAGGGGAGGACAUCCCCGUGGUGCCUUGUCUGGACAGCGUACUGUCAGUACAAAGCAUCCCAAGUGACCAUGGACGAGGGGGAGAAGACACUAAGGAGUUGAAACAUUUUGAGGAAUUCGAAAUUGUUCUAAGGGGAGGAGUGAAAGACGAGGAGGGGGUGGCUAGCAGAGAAGCAGAAGGGCAGAAAUAUUCGUGCGUGGUGAAGGACGCCGCACCAUCGAAUGAACAACCGUUCGUUUGCGAUAAGGUGCCAAGUGAGCUAGACAGCGAAGGGGGCGAAAAAAUAGAGGAAGGCGAAGCGGGCGAAAAAAUAGAAGAAGGCGAAAAGGACAACGUGUGCCACUUUCUUAACAAAACGAAGGAGGCGUACAAAUCGUUGAACCUCGAGAAGUUGUUUCUGGUUAACAGUUUUAAUAAAUCCCUCCCCAAUGAAGGCGUGGAGAGGAAGCCAAACGGGGUAUGCGAAAAUGCACACAGCAGAAACCAGGACAAACUUAGCAUAGUGAAGACUAUCGAAAGGACGUUGAAGGGCCAAAAUUCCUUCGUCAUGGAAAACAUAUAUAACGCGUUUAGAGGCACCAUAAACGAUUUUAUAGACGUGUACCUUCAAGAGGAAGACGAAGAGAUGGGUGGGGGAAGAAGCAAAGGGACUGCGAUGAGGAAGGAUACCACGAUUCGCAGCGUGGAUCCUUUCCGACAUGGAGAAAAAGUUAAGCUAAGCGAUGAACAUGGUUUGAAAAAAAUGUAUCAGAUGGACAAUAAUAUCUUCUUUCCUGGGGGAGAAAAGGACAAAAUUAAAGUUGGGCAAGGUGGGUAUGCGACGAAAAGGGAGGAGGAUACAAAUGUAAAAAAAUACCUGAGCCAGUUCGGUGAUAAAAGGAGCUUUCCCCAGUUGGGGAGCAGAAAAUCGGGUGGGCAGAGCAACUUGGGUGGGAAGACCAACUCGCAUGACCACUCCAAAUGUUGCAAAAUAAAACCUAGUGGGGCCAACCUAUUUGGGGAAAGCAAUGUGGUGACGGGCGCUAUGGCCUAUCUCAUGGGGGAGACUUCCAGAUUGACGAACGGGCGCUCAUCCGGAAAGAAGAGUCACGUUGUACACCCAGAUCUGAAGAAACAGAAGCAGGUGGAAGAGGCAUACAGUGCAUACUACCCUGAGGCGGAGACAUUUGAAUAUUCAAGCAUCAUUUCUGAUUAUUUGUAUAAGCGGAAGGGGUGGCCGGAGAGAAGAAAGGAUGAUGGGUGUACCUCUUCCAGUGAGCAUAAUUGCGCGAAUCGGGAUCGCAUGAAGUAUGAGUUGCAUCCCUCGAUGGGUCCCCAAAUGAGCAACGUGUUAAACACGCAGGUGAAUGACAGAAGCGUAUUCGACAUUGCCCCCAUGACGCACAAGUACAAAUAUGCCUCUAACAUCAUACUGACGAUAAACAAAAUAAAGAAUAUCGAGCGUGUGGUGGAAAUUAAUUUGAACAUUACCGAUGUGCAAUUGAAAGUUCCAGGCAUGCGUAUCGAAAAUGUGAUAUUGCCAUAUAAAUAUGCUAGCGAUUUGUUAAGCAUAAAAAUAAAGACAUUUUGUGAAGGAAAAGGUGGGACAUCCCAGAAGGUGAUGUGUAGGGAGGGUGGAGCCUUAGAUGGUCACAAACCUGGGGAAGACAAAAUGGGAAGACAAGACAAAGACGAAAAAAAUGGUACGAUUAAAUGCUACUUUGUUUUCAUCCCACUGAACCAAAUUAAGGAAGGAGUCGUAAACAAAAGACUUAUCUUAAUCAGCUCAAAACGGAAAGAAGAAUUUGAAAAAGAAGGGUUACUCCCUGAUACUCUUUACAUGAUAGAAUCUCAGAAGCUAAAUUGUGAAAGGGAAAAACAUAUGUACAUUUCGGUAAAGAUUUGUAAAAAUGGAGUUCAUUUUUUCCCUUCUGUGAAUCUCCAUCGGGGGGAGGACAAUCUGGAGAAUAAUUACCCAUCCAGUGAGAACCUCUCCAGGAAUGCAUUCGAACCUGUGUACGUAUGUCUAUACAACGAUGAAGUGGAUAGAGAGAUUGGGAGUAUACUGAAUGGAAGGGGGCUAACGAACAAGGUAAGAAUAAGCAAGUUAGUUACGAAAGGACAUUACCUGGUUAAUAAUUUUCCCUUCCAUUUUCAUUUUAACAGUUCCAAUGUGCUGAUUUGUAGUCAUGGGGACAUUACAGAGGAGGCGGAAAAGCUGUUUCAUCAUCUUGGCAAAGAAUUCACUCCCCUCGAAGAGUUCAUUCCCGUCGAAAGAUUCACUCCCCUGGCAGAGUUCAUUCGUGUAGAAAGCCUCAUUGACCUCUUCCCAACGCACAUAUUUCCACCGGUGGAGGACGUCCUACACUUGGACUUAAUUAAAAGGAAUGAAUUUUUACAAUUAAAAUUUGUUCUUCAUUUUUUGGCCAUCACUGAGAUUAUAUGUAUCCAUUUGUGUUCCCUCUUUGGGUUCCACGUGGAUUUGCAGCCUCUCUUUCGGGACCACUUGAACGCAGUUAAAAUGGACGAUGGGACGGGGGAGGGGAACCGCUUCACCUUCCUCUACACCUCUUACGAGGAGGAUGCGGAGCCCAGUGGCUACUUUCUGAACUACACCAAGCCGUUCGUUUUCCGUUUCCAGAGUGAAAAAAACAGAUGGGACAACACCAGGGACAACAACUGCGAAAAUGCGGAGGAGGGAAAACUACCUACCCAUUGGGACGACAACGACCUCUUCAUCAUGGACUACGCACGCAAGCAGGCCAUAUUUCUACACAAUGUGAUAAAGCACCAUGGAGACAUUCAGAGUAUACCAAAAUGCUAUGACAGGAAGAAGCGUCUUUUUUUUACGACAGACAGCAGGAAGAAGCAAUUUCAAAUUUAUUACAUGUCUAUUUUGAGAAGGUACAACUUGCUACUUAACAGGGGAAACCAUGGGAGGGAAUCAGCCAAAGUAGCCAUCCAACCAGCCGCAAAUGGGCAGAAUUCCCAGUGGGGUAGCCAGACAGAGUUUAUUCAGAAUGGAAACAACUCCACAGAUGGGGGCUGCUACAGGGGGGACAAGCUCCACGGGGUUCCCCAGGCGAGGGACCACUCUGCGGUUGAGAUAAGUGCGACUCUUAAACGGCAAGGUGGUGCUAAUACCAAUGCACCGAUUUGUACAAACGGGGUGGAAAAUGAAAAGAGUAGAAGCCACUUGGGGGUUACCAAUUGGGGAGAGAAAGUAAGAGGAGAAUAUGUACACAGAGGAAGUGGCGCCUUACGGGGGAAAGCUCCAAAAGUUGAAAACACAUACAGGAGAAACGUCACCGUGACAGGUCAGGCAAAAAUGGCGGAAGAGAGAAGCUUUGCUGGGGGUAACAAAACGACAGAGGAGGAACAGAAGUUAUCCAUUAGAGAGGAAAAUAAUACCCAUGGUGAUAGUGCUACCGAGAAGACGUCAUUUUACAAUCUGAGAGAAUACAAGAAUUAUCAUUUCCAUGAGAAAGCAGCUGGUGAAAUAUUUUGUAAAAAUGGCAACUCACUUGAAGACUUGGACCGAGGGAGGGACAGCCAUGAAGUGAUAAAUGGAAAUGGAUGGCACGUGGAUGGCAAGGGGAAAGAAUCUCCUACUAGGGAACUGCCUCGUGUGCAUGAUGAUGAGAUCGCUUAUUAUAACAUGCAUAGAGAGGAUGUCCCGUUCAGUCUGGAGAAUGUCAAGUGGGAUUUUAAUGACGACGAUGUGUACCCAGGUGAGCAUCAUCCUGUGAAUGCGGGUUAUUCAAAUGGAUACAGCAGCAGGGGGGGUGAUAACCUGCGCAAGGGCAUUGGCUACGGAGGGGAAGUCCAACAGUGUGGUGUCAGUGCUAGUUCGGAGGCCACUCCUCGGGGGGGUGCCGGGGCGGACAGCCAGACGGUCUCCAUUGCGGAGGUUAGUUAUGGAAGCGGAUACGGCUACAACGAAGGGUGCACCGAACAACACAGCGAAAGCUACGCCGAUCGGUUGAUCCCCGGACGAGAUGCGCGCCUUCCCGGGGCGGCGAACCAGGACUGGGUCGCUUCAAAGGUCUCCGCAUCCAAAGUGUGCAUCGAUCACACGGACCACAUGGACCACGCAGCCAAGCAUUGCAAGCUGGUUAGGCGAAGUGAUAAUGAGGCAUAG